GACUACUGCGAUGUCUACCUCACGCACGACUCCAUGUCCGUGCGCAAGGCUCACAACAGCGGCCGAAACCACCUGCGCAACGUGGUAGACUAUUACCAGCAAAUCGGACACGAAAAGGCGCAGUCGGUCAUUGACUCCAUCACUUCUUCCUACGCCGCC